AUGAAGCACCCCACCAAGACUAUCAUUGGCAUCAAUGCUAUCAAUCGCCGCUUCUGGGUUCGAGCCAUGAUGGAGGACGUGUCCAAGAAUGGAGUUCUUGCAGUGCAGACAAUGAGAAACAAUAUAAUGGCAUCCACCGUUUUGGCAUCAACAGCCAUCAUGCUCAGCUCCCUUAUUGCCGUCCUCAUGACAAGCGGCACCGGGGACAAAUCGGCUAGGUAUUUUGUGCUGGGGGACCGGAGUGAGCUGGGGUUGUCUAUCAAGUUCUUUUCAAUAUUGGUGUGCUUCUUGGUGGCAUUCUUGCUGAAUGUGCAGUCCAUCAGGUACUACAGCCAUGCAAGCAUCCUCAUCAACGUGCCCUUCAAGAAAAUAUGCCUUAAUCAUCGCCAUCAGCAUCUCACUACCGAGUAUGUGGCCAGGUCUGUGAACCGGGGGCCUGUGGAUGAACUUCAUAAAGAAUCAGUUGUUUUGGCUGGCUGCUUGGAGCCAAUUGGGCCGGAAAAACUAGCACGUUCGAAGCAGCCUUGGUAUGGCAGGCAUUCGGAAAAUCAAUGGAGUUUGCCCACAGGUGAAAGUGCGAAGCAAGAGAAAACAAAAGCAGUGAUGUCAUCCGCUGUGGUACGUAGCCAGAUUUCAAAAACUCAGCCGGCCCUCUUUGGACUACGUACUCUGUUCUCAAUCUUAGUGAACCCAAAAGGACAUAAAGCUGCUCUUGAUUACACAUUGGUUCCUUUGGGACUUGUCGUUAUGGUGGCAUACCAUCUCUGGCUUCUUUAUCGAAUCAUGAAGCACCCCACCAAGACUGUCAUUGGCAUCAAUGCUAUCAAUCGCCGCUUAUGGGUUCGAGCCAUGAUGGAGGACGUGUCUAAGAAUGGAGUUCUUGCAGUGCAGACAAUGAGAAACAAUAUAAUGGCAUCCACCGUUUUGGCAUCAACAGCCAUCAUGCUCAGCUCCCUUAUUGCCGUCCUCAUGACAAGCGGCACCGGGGACAAAUCGGCUAGGAAUUUUGUGUUUGGGGACAGGAGUGAGCUAGCGUUGUCUGUCAAGUUCUUCUUAAUAUUGGUGUGCUUCUUGAUGGCGUUCUUGCUGACUGUGCAGUCCAUCAGGUACUACAGCCAUGGAAGCAUCCUCAUCAACGUGCCCUUCAAGAAAAUAUGCCUCAAUCAUCGCCAUCAGCAUCUCUCUACUGAGUAUGUGGCUAGGUCUGUGAACCGGGAAGAAGCUGCUGUAUCUGUGUUUUCUGUUGCUUUUCUGCGCUCUAAAUUUGGGUACGAAACUUAA